AUUUUAUUGGUUGUAGCAUAAGGUGAGGAGAAGCUGAAAAGUUUGCUGCGAUGGUUUACUGCAGGAUUUCGGGGAGUCGGGUUUCAGCGUCGGGGAGCCAGUUGAAUCAGUGAAGGACUAAAGCCGCCUUUGUUCAAUUUGGGACCGAAAAACCGAGCGAGUGAGAGAGAGAGAGAGAGCGAGAGAGAGCGCGCACCAUCAUCUCAUUUCACGGGCACAUAUGCACGAGGGGAGUUUAUUCGCGAGGAAUUAAUACCACUUAGCGAAAUGAAUUCUCGCUUUUCCAGGUGGCUUCCUGGUAACGUUAUACACCUUGUCUUGUGGCUGUGCCAUCUUUCAACUGCAGCUCAGGUGAUGGAAGAGCGGGGAUCCAAAGGCCACCUGGACCUGACGGAGCUGAUCGGCGUGCCCCUCCCUCCGUCCGUCUCCUUCGUCACGGGCUACGAGGGCUUCCCCGCCUACAGCUUCGGGCCGGACGCCAACAUCGGGCGGCUGACCAAGACCUUCGCGCCGGACCCCUUCUUCCGCGACUUCGCCAUCAUCGUCACGGCGCGGCCCACGGCCCGCGGCGGCGUGCUGUUCGCCGUGACCGACGCCUUCCAGCGGGCGGUGUACCUGGGCCUGGCGCUGUCCCCCGUGGAGGACGGCACGCAGAAGAUCUCGCUGCUGUACGCCGAGCCGGAGGGGGAGGGGGGCGGGGAGGGGGAGGGGGGGGCGGCCGCGGGGGGGGCGGCGGCGGCGUCCUUCAAGGUGGCCAGCCUGGCAGACCGCUGGAGCCGCUUCACGCUGGCGGUGCAGGACGGCGAGGCGCGCCUCUACAUGGACUGCGAGGAGUACCACAGCGUGCCCGUGCGCCGCAGCGCCCGCCGCCUCCGCUUCGAGCCCGGCUCCGGCAUCUUCGUGGGCAACGCCGGCGCCACCGGCCUGCGCAAGUUUGAGGGAUCCAUUCAGCAGUUGGUGAUCAAACCGGACCCCCGAGCAGCGGAGGAGCAGUGUGAGGAGGAUGACCCCUAUGCUUCUGGGGACGCGAGCGGGGACGACGUCCCUGACGACCGGGAGACGCUGGACGAGGUGAAGAAGAGGGUGCUGGACUUAGUCUCAUCACGGCUGGAGGAUGCCCUGAGUGUGCCAGUGAAGGCCCCGCCCACAGAGGUGCCCUACACGGGGGAAUCCGACGAGUCCUCGGGUCACAUGACCCCCACCAGAGAGCCACCUUCGGCCCCGCCCAUUCUGCUGACCGAGGAGACUCGGCCCAGGAAAGGGGAGGAGCUGGCCGAGGCGGGGCGAACAGGAAGUACAUUCUCUCAUUUUGCACAGAAAGGAGAGAGGGGUGAGCCUGGACCUCCGGGCCCCCCGGGCCCCUCAGGAGACGGAGGCUCGCGCGCAGGCCAGCGGGGGGCCCCGGGCCCCAUGGGACCACCAGGGCUGAUCGGGGCCCCAGGGAUGCCAGGGAGAGACGGCCGACCUGGAGAAAAGGGAAGAGCUGGAGACGAUGGACAGAGGGGACUUCCGGGAUUCCCAGGACUGGCAGGAGAAUCCGGAGUCAAAGGAGAGAAGGGUGACCGUGGUAUGGGGGUCCCCGGACUCCCCGGUCCCCCCGGACCGCCAGGCCCCCCCAGCCCAGCCAGGCACCCGGGGGGCGCGGAUGCGUACGGCUCCGGGUUCGAGGACUUUGACAGCGAUGCAGAGCUUGCCCGAGGGCCCCCUGGUCCUCCGGGCCCCCCCGGACAGCCUGGUCCCCCUGGCCCCAGAGGAGCCACUGUGAACCCCCUCCCGGGACCCCCGGGCCCUCCUGGCCCCCCAGGGCGGGUCGGGGAGGAAGGCUUCAUCGGCAGACCCGGCAUACCGGGCUUUCACGGUCGGGACGGUGAUCCAGGACCAAAGGGAGAUAAAGGAGAUAAGGGUGAUUUAGGUGUAACUGGGCCUCCUGGACCAAAGGGCGAUUCGGGUCUCUCGGGUGGAGCAGGGCCCCCUGGCCCGGUGGGGCAUCCCGGACAGAGAGGAGGUCAGGGCCCCCAGGGGCCACCUGGGCCCCCCGGUCCCCCAGGAAAGGGCUUCCGUCUGGAUGCUGAGGAGGGUUCCGGAAGGCAGGGCCCGCCAGGAGGACCAGGACCCAAGGGCUCCCCGGGACCUCCAGGCAUUCCUGGCCCUUCAGGCCCUAAGGGAGAGGCGGGGACUGACGGGGCUCCUGGUGUGUCUGUAAAGGGUGAGCGUGGUGACCAGGGACCUCCUGGGGAGGAUGGACUACCAGGACUUCCUGGACUGAAGGGAAUGAAGGGGGACAAAGGUAGUGCUGGACCAAAGGGGGAGCGGGGCCUGAACGGACUCAGCGUUACGGGCCCCCCCGGGCUCCCUGGCCCCCCAGGGCCCAGCAUCAACCUGCAGGACCUCUUCCUCAACGACACGCAGGGGCUGUUCAACCUCACCGAGCUCCGCGGGCCGCCGGGACCGAUGGGACCAGAAGGCUUGCCUGGGAUGGCGGGAUUCCCUGGGCCGAGGGGACCCAAAGGGAGCGUAGGAGUGCGUGGGGCCGCGGGACCUCCUGGACAGAAGGGUGCGAAGGGCGAGUCGGGUGUCACCAUCGCAGCCGAUGGCUCCUUGAUCACCGGCCUGAGAGGCCCCCAGGGGCCCCGGGGAUUCAAGGGUGACCGUGGUAUCCCCGGGCCAGCCGGACUCAUGGGGCCAAUUGGACCACCGGGACCCAAAGGAGAGUACGGGUUUCCUGGUCGCCCGGGUCGUCCAGGAAUGAUCGGCAAGAAAGGAGAGAAGGGCGAUUCCACUGGCGCUCCGGGCCCCCCAGGACCCCCUGGAGCCCCGGGGCACCCAGGACCAGCUCUCGGCCUCAAUGGGAUAGUUUUCCCAGUCCCUCCAAGACCGUACAGCAAAACGCCAGUGUACGCUAACAUGGGAUCACCCGAAGGAAGCCAGAGACGGUCUUUGGGAGCCAAGGGACCCAAAGGAGAAAAGGGAGACGUGGGGUUGCCUGGGAAACCAGGUGCAUCAGCCUCUGAGGUCACGGACGGAUUUGUGGGGGAUAAAGGGAAUCUGGGCUACAAAGGAGAGAAGGGAGACAGGGGGGAGCCGGGCGUUCUGGGUCCCCCUGGCCCCCCCGGGAGAUCAGGCCUCGUGGGCCCCAAAGGGGAAUCCAUCGUCGGCCCCCAGGGCCCCCCAGGAACUCCCGGACUACCAGGAGCCCCCGGGUACGGACGGGCGGGACCGCAGGGCCCCCCCGGGCCUCCGGGGCCACCGGGGCCACCCCCUCUCUACGGCUCGGGCAUUUCCCUUCCGGGGCCACCCGGCCCUCCUGGACUUCCUGGGGCCCCUGGACACGGAAAUCCAGUGACCACCCUUCUGAGCGUGGACACCUUGCUGAGGGAGACGUAUCGCGCGGUGGAGGGCACCAUGGCCUACGUCUCGGACACGGCCCAGCUCUACAUCCGCGUGCGGGACGGCUGGAGACAGGUGCAGCUCGGAGAGGUGAUCCCCAUCCCCGCGGACAGCCCCUCCUCCUCCUCCUCCUCCUCCGCCUCUGCCUCCUCCUCUUCCUCACAGGUGCUGAGUAGGGUUCCGGAGCGCGCCAGUCUCAGAACGCCUUCCCAGGCCCUGCAGACCUUCCUGCCUGGCCACACCAUUCUGCCCCAGAGCGUUGGCACAGGCCCAGGGCUCCGCCUGGUGGCCCUGAACGCCCCGUUCUCCGGGGGCCUGCGGGGGAUCCGGGGCGCCGACUUCCUGUGCUACCAGCAGGCCCGCGCCGUCGGCAUGGCGACCACCUACAGGGCCUUCCUGUCCUCGCACCUGCAGGACCUGGCCAGCAUCGUGAAGAAGAGCGACCGCUUCAACAUGCCCGUGCUCAACCUGCGGGGCGAUGUGCUCUUCAGCAGCUGGAUGUCCAUCUUUUCGGGGAACGGGGGCGUCUUCGAUCCGGAGAUCCCGAUCUACUCCUUCGAUGGGCGGAACGUGAUGACAGACCCCGCCUGGCCUCAGAAGAUGCUGUGGCACGGCUCCAGCUCCGUGGGGAUCCGUAUGACCUCCAGCUACUGCGAGGCGUGGCGGGCGGGCGACAUGGCGGUGACGGGCCAGGCCACGCCCCUGCAGAGCGGCCUGCUCCUGGGCCAGAACCCCCGCAGCUGCUCCAACCGCUUCGUCGUGCUCUGCGUCGAGAACGGCUACGUGCCCGCGGGGCCCCGGGGGAGGAGCUAACCCACCCUGGCCCCGCCCCCAAUCCUGGCCCCGCCUGGGCCAGCACCCCCCUCCCCUGGCCCCGCCCCCAUCUUGG